UUUCGGCUACGUUUGUUGUUUGCAAUUUAAUUUAUUUACAUUCGAAUUUGUGAAGUAAAAACAGUCCAUCAAUCAUGCCGCUGUAUGAGAGCGUAAUGCAGGAGAAACCACCCAUUGUGCUGGACAUUGGCAACGCCUACACAAAGCUGGGCUUUGCAGCGGAAGCGUAUCCAAGAUUGAUCAUACCCACAGAGCUGGUGCUCACCACGACAGGAGAGACGAAGCAGCUCUUUGAUUAUGUGGAAACGGAUCAGCUCUACGAUCAGCUUGUUGACUUUCUGCAAACGAUUUUCUUCAAACAUCUGCUCGUCAGUCCCAAGGAGCGCAAGUUCGUACUGGUGGAGAACAUCUUUGGCCAGACUGUGAUACGCGAGACGUUGGCUCGCGCCUUAUUCAUGCACUUCGAUGUCUCCUCGGUGCUCUUCGUGCCGUCGCAUCUCACAGCGCUCUCAACGCUGGCGGUGAACACGGGACUCGUCGUGGACAUUGGCUACAGCGAGACGACAGUGAUGCCCGUGUUCAGCGGGGUGCAAAUCAUGUCCGCCUUCAAGGAUCACAGCUUUGGCAGUCGCGCAGUGCAUGCGGAAAUCAAGCGACAGCUGCUGGCAACGGGCGUCAAGGAGGCGUUGCUCACCGAGCCGGUGCUGGAGGACAUCAAGAUACGCACCUGCUUCGUAACGAGCCUGGAGCGUGCGCAGGCCAAGGAACCCCUCGAGCCGCCGCCCAGCGUCGCUUAUGCCAUCUGUGACGACGACGCUGUGAUUCAGAUACCGGGAACGCUGCGCGAGAGCGUUUACGAGCUGCUCUUCGAGCAGAGCAAUGAACGUGACAGUUUGCCGCAUCUGGUGCUGCGUGCGAUCCUCGACUGCAAUCGCGACGUCCGCCGAGCGCUGAUCGAGAGCAUCUUUGUGAUUGGCGGCGGCAGCAUGGUCCAAGGUCUGUUGGCCCGGCUCAAGUCUGAGCUGCAGCUGCUGCUGGCCAGCGACAAGUAUUAUGCGGAGCGCUUUCACGGCGAGCUGCAGUUCAAGUUCUACCACAGCAUCGGCAAGCAGAACUUCACAGCCUGGCUGGGCGGCGCUCUCUGCGGUGCCACCGAUCUCAUCCAGUCGCGAUCGCUAUCGAAGGAGGCGUAUCUGCGGCAUGAGCACGUUCCGGACUGGAGCAAUCUGUGCGACAAUCGAUUGAAUGGGAACUAGAGAGAGUUGUAAUAACAUAUAUAGUAUAUACAUAGUACAUCUAUAAUUUAUUUUUCAUUUGCGAUUAUUGCUAAAAGUGAACGUGGUUUUCUUCGAGUAGGAAAUAUUACAAAUGUACGAGUAUAAAAAAUGUAAUUAAUUGGCGCUUACAGCUAACGACGAUAUCUAAUAAUAAUGCUUACGAUCUUAAUUCAAAUUAAUGUUUUGUUGUGCGUUGAGAAACAUUUUCUUGUUUUUCGGUUUUGAAGCGAUUCUUCUUCGGCAUUUAACAAAUUGUCUCGCUAAUCACGUUUUAAAUGGCUCAUUCUGUUUUCUUCUCUUCUCUUCUCUUGAUAUACAUAUAAUUAUAUAUAUUACUAUACUAUAUAUAAAUUAUGUUAUUUCGUAUAUAUUAAAAUGUAGCCCAUUAAUUAGCAUCUUAAAUAAAUAAAAAUGUAAUGUACUUUUUUCUUUUCGGCA